AGCCGAUCUACCAGAACCAGGGUCCCCAGGACUAUAUGGACGCUCAAAACGGUGCCUACGGUCAAGGUUAUUUCAUGGCCAAUCCGUACCCAGCCCAGCCGGCAUACGGCCAGCCGCAGCCGCAUUACGGCCAGAACCUGCAGUCCCCCCAGCCCGCCUACCAGUCCCGCAUGGGGUACAGUGCCAACGAUGGGACCAACGGCCUGAUCCAGCAGUUUUCCAACCAGGACUUGAACUCCCCUCGCUCAGGUUUCUUCGGCCGUGCUGCCUCUCCGGCUCAGCGACCCCGAACCGCCGGCUCCCCCGCCCCCGGACAGCAACAGCCGGGCCAUCUGGCCCCUCCUAUGCCCCGUAGCCCUCGAACCCCCGCUGAGAACGAGGAGCUGCAGCGCUAUCCUGAGCGGUACUCGGAGAAUGUUCACAAGCGUGGCAAGGCUGCCAAGGAGCUGGUCAGCGUCUUCUUCAAUGAGAACAUCGAACGCGCACGCGACCGCAACAUGCGAUCCGCUGAGCUGGACAAGAUGAUCCGCGAAUCCAGUAUCCCCAAAGAGACCAAGCGCAAGGAGGCCGAAGUGGUCUCGAGGAAAGAGUCGAACUUCCUUCGAUUCCUUCGUACCAAGGAGAGCCCGCAGAACUUUCAGACCAUCAAGAUCAUUGGAAAGGGCGCGUUCGGUGAGGUGAAGCUGGUACAACGGAAGACCGAUGGCAAGAUCUAUGCGUUGAAGUCAUUGAUCAAGACGGAGAUGUUCAAGAAGGACCAGCUGGCCCACGUGCGUGCGGAACGUGACAUCCUGGCUGACUCCAAGGACAACCCGUGGUUGGUCAAGCUGCACGCUUCUUUCCAGGACUCCGCGUAUCUGUAUCUGCUGAUGGAAUUCUUGCCCGGUGGUGACUUGAUGACCAUGCUGAUCAAGUAUGAAAUUUUCUCCGAGGACAUCACUCGGUUCUAUAUGGCGGAGAUCGUCAUGGCGAUUGAGGCAGUCCACAAACUUGGGUUCCUUCACCGUGAUAUCAAGCCCGACAACAUCCUUUUGGAUCGCGGCGGCCACGUCAAAUUGACCGACUUUGGUCUCUCCACAGGCGGGAAGAAGACCCACGACAACUCUUACUACCAAAACCUACUGAAGAACUCCACGUCCAAGGACAAGAACCGCAACUCGGGAUACUUUAACGAUGCCAUCAACCUGACCGUGUCGAACCGUGGGCAGAUCAACACUUGGAGAAAGUCUCGUCGUGCCAUGGCCUACUCGACUGUCGGUACCCCCGACUACAUUGCUCCCGAGAUUUUCAACGGCCAAGGAUACACCUACCUGUGCGAUUGGUGGUCCGUGGGUGCUAUCAUGUUCGAGUGUCUGGUGGGUUGGCCUCCGUUCUGCGCAGAAGACACGACCGACACGUACCGCAAAAUUGUGAACUGGAGAGAAUGCCUCUAUUUCCCGGAAGAGCUCACCCUUUCGCGGGAUUCCGAGUCGCUGAUUAGGAAUUUCUUGUGUGACACAGAACAUCGUAUUGGAAGCGAUGGCGGCCAGUUCGGCGGGGCGACGCAGAUCAAGAACCACCCCUUCUUCCGCGGCGUGGUUUGGGAGCAGCUGCGCAGUAUCCGGGCUCCUUUCGAGCCGAGAUUGAGCUCGAACAUCGACGUAUCAUACUUCCCGAUUGACGAAAUUCCCCAGGAGGACACGAGCGCCAUUCACCGCGCCCAGGCUCGUGCCAUGCCCGAUGAGCAGGAGGCGGAGAUGAGCCUCCCGUUCAUCGGAUACACGUACAAAGCGUUCAACGCCUUCCAGGCAAAUUGAAAAUACAGCCGGCAUAGGAGUGUUCUUAUGAACCCACGAUAGAUGUCAUUGAAGAGGCCGACGGCGGGCGGGCUUGCAUUGAUGGCUUUUCAGUGGCGCAUUUAGGUUCUGGUCUCGGGAUCACCGUGUGCAUCCGUUUCAUCCAGCAUAUAGCGCAUUUGACAUUUCGCCCCUGUUGGUCACGACCUAGCAUUGUUUAUCUUCAUUCACCUUCC